UGGCGACAAGAGGCCAGGGGGGUUUGUGGCGGGACGGCUCCCUCCAAAUACAACUGUGACGCCCAUAACCUCAACCCACCUCCGCCUAACCCACAGCUGCUUAGCAAGUCGACACCUCCAGAUCCAGAGGCGCUAUGCGUGACAUGCAACCCCUUACGCUACUACUCGAACUAGACAGGCGUGCACUUUGGCAUGUUAUGCCGUUAUGCGCGGUGCAGCUAUCUUGGUUCCCUUCCUCAUGCCUUUGAUUUGAGCACCUACUCGGCGCUGCUGCAUCUGUGCGACGCGGCGUUAACGUAUUAGCAGUAUGCCAUGCAAGUAUGCCACGCGACCUUGCAGCUAUUCAGAAAUAUGGCUCAUGCGGGCGCAAUGUGGACGAGGGCACGACGCUACGUCGCCCAACCGACGCUAACUGUCGUAUGCACGGUAACCUUUAUGCGUAAGUUGAUCAUCUGCUAUGCCUUACCCAAAUCGAUGCAGGCCCUGACGCCCUCGCAUGUGCGUUGCAUGAGGCAGACACGCAAUUAGACAUUAUUUCUCUACAUCGCCGGUGUCUUGUGGAACACAGCCGUGCACAGGCUCUUUAAGCUCAGAUGCGAGUCAGCACGUAUUAAGCACUAAAGGUUCAACUGUUAGGGCAGUUUAAUGGCGGCAUCGCCGAGUAAACAAAUCCGUCGACCGCCGGGCGGCCGGUUCCUUCCUUUCUUGCCGAAGGACAACCUAACAUGGCAGGCAGAUGAAGUGAUCCGCUCAAUCAACGACGACUUAGCACGCCUACUUAGCCUCCCUGCCGCGGAGUUCUGGUCGAUUGUGAGGAGCGAUGACUCGCUGCAUGUGUGCCUUGACACCUACCUGCGCUACAAGAGGCGGGUGUACGACGAUUUCCGAGAGGACGUGGAGGGCGCCUCCGCGCUGAGUCAGCAGCUGGCUCGCCGGGUGUUCAUGGUGCUGCUGCGCAUGGUUACCCCCCGCGAGCGCGACCCCGGCGGCCCCCCUCGCGAGCAGCAGGCGCAGCUGCUGUACGACAUGUGGCUGCUGGACGUACCCAAACUGAUGGACGUUGCCGUACUGUACGGCACACACAACCGCCAGCUCACCCGCACCUUCCUCAGCCAGGUGUUCUCCCUGCAGCCCCGCUACCUCUCCGACCUGGCCUCCCUGGCGCCGCUGCUGGCGGGCAACCUGGCGGAGGUGGCGGCGCGGUGCGGGGCGGCGGCGGAGCGGGCGCUGCGGGCGGGGGCGGCGGCAGCGGGGGAGCAGGUCAAGGAGCUGAGAGACGCGGUAGACUACCUGCGAGACGCCACCGUCACACUCGCAGCAUUCGUCUCCUGCUACAGCCCCGCAGCCGCCGCGCUGCUACAGCCGGAUCACGGUGCCGUACUCUGCACACUGGCUGUCGUACACGAUCGGCUACUGCCGCAGCUAUCCAGGG